GGCCGGAUAAGAUGCACCUGCAGGAAGGCGUGCCAAGAGCACUUUAAACUCGGGAGAGCCUCGGAGUUGUGUGGGACAAACGGCUGCGUUUUUAUUUAUUUAUUUUAACCUCGGUCACGCAUAGCAGAAAUCCUGGGUCCACUACGUGACAGCAGCGCAGCAGAGCAGAUGGACCAGGUAUCCAACCGGUCAGGAGUGGGCAGUGAUGACAUCACAGAUGAUACCUCACUGCCGGACCUGAGGUGGAGCUCAGAUGAAGAUAGCUCUGACGUUCAGACACAGUGCCUCGCGGCACCUCAGCCUCCUGUGCCAACCUACAAACAGAGGCUCGAGGAGUUUAAGAAGCUGUUCAAAGAGCUGCCUGAAACCGAGAGACUCCUAGUGGAUUAUCCGUGUGCCCUCCAGCGGGAUAUACUUCUACAGGGACGCAUUUACCUCUCAGUGAACUGGGUCUGUUUCUACAGCAAUGUGUUUCGUGGAACAAAGAUCACUCUGACACUUAAAAACAUCACAAAUAUGACGAGAGAGAAAACUGCUCGAUUCAUUCCCAACGCCAUCCAGAUCUGCACGAGUACAGACAAGUUCUUCUUCACUUCCUUCUCAGCAAGAGAGAAAAGCUACCGGGAAUUUUCUCGCAUGUGGGAAAACACGCUGCUGGGUAAGUCUCUGACCAGCCACGAGUUAUGGCAGAUGGUUAGACAGCAUUAUGGUUUUGAUCUUGGCUUAAGCUAUGAAGAGAUGGAUAGCUCACCGAUAAUGACAGAAUCAAACAUGCAGACCAGCCUGACAGCCAGGCCUGGCGGAGAUGACGGUCCAGGGAGACUAGAGCGGCCCCCUUUCCUCCGCAUCCCUGAAGUGGAAAAUGGACCCUUGGACACCUCCACACCUCAAGGGGAAGAAAUGCCUUCCCCUAUUGGCUCACAGAACUCUCCCAACUUGGAGGACUUUCGUAACACCCCAUCCCAAAGGCGCAGUCCGGCUCCCCAACUGGACCGCCUCGUCCCGGAGCGCAUCUCCAAGCGCUCCUCCCUUUCUCUUGACCUUAACGCCAACGAGAACGGCACGUCUGAGGAAAGCGGCUCGGAAAGCGAAGAAGAAGUGGAGGACCGCGUUGGUCUGUCUCAGGUGUCCGGUCGACAGUAUUUGAACCGGGUUUUCCACAUCGGUGCAAAACAUAUGUUUGGAAUUCUCUUCACCGACUCCACCUUCAUGCGCAGGUUUAUGGAUGCCCGGAAGAUAACCAAUAUCACCUCUACUGCCUGGCAAAAAGACUCUUCUGGUAACAUGAAGCGGAGUCUGAACUACACAAUAACCAUCAACAACCCUCUGAUUGGGAAGUUCUCCACUGCUACAGAGUACCAGACGCUGUACAAAGAAUCCAGGGAUGGUCAAUAUUACCUCAUAAACUCGGAGGUGUACACACAUGACGUUCCCUAUCAUGACUACUUCUACACUCAAACCCGCUACUACAUCAUGAGUAACUCUAAAAGGAAAUGUCGACUAAGGGUGUAUACCGAUGUAAAGUACAAGAAGCAGCCAUGGGGCCUCGUGAAGUCCUUUAUUACCAAAAACUCCUGGAGCGGCAUAGAAGAGAAUUUUCGGCAUCUGGAAGCAGAACUGCUGGAGGAGGAAGCAGAGAUGAACCAAGGAGGUGGAGAGGCGGGGAAGAUGGGUGGGCCUCGCAGGAGGAGGCGGACUUACAGCCGGACUCUGGCAGAGCAUUCAAAGCCCAAAAAGCAGUAUAGGCACGACGCUGAGCAGCACAGAGAAGGCAACAUGGGCCCUGUAGAUAUGAAAGGUCCGUAUCGAUGGAAUGUCACAACGAUAGUGGCUGGGAUGAGUGUGGUUCUGCUGAUCCUGACAAUGCUGAAUCUAGGCUUGUUUUUUAAGCUGUGGGCCAUGGAGGAUGUGGCCCAGCGCAUGUAUCUGACUACAAAGCAUCGCCUGAGGGAGAGGAGCGAGGCCAGCUUAGCUGCUGAGUAUGGAUCCAAACUGGGAGCAGCGUUGAGGUCUCCAGAGGAGCUGCGCUUACUCAAAAAUGUACUUCAGGACUCCAUUAACCUCUUAGAACAGCUUCGUACUUCACUGGUGAUGCUGCAACAGAAUUUUGCAACAGCCAAUCACACUGCAGCGCAGCAGUGACGCAGCCACGCCUGGUGACUACAAAAGCACCUGUC